AUGGUGGACAGUAAACCUCUGCUUCAAGACAGACCUCCCGCCUACAACGCAGUCCCAGGGGUCUACGAGUAUGGCCCCCCGCCCCAGCAGGGCUACGGGGCCAUUCCUGCGGCCGUCCCACCGCCGUACCAGUGCCCCCCAGGACAAGCAUCCCACACGGUCCCGCCGGUGUCCCAGCAGCCGUACGCCGGGACGUAUGCCAUAAUCCAGCCCUCUGUGGUGGUGGUGGGGGGCUGCCCGGCCUGCAGGGUGGGCGUGUUGGAGGACGACUUCACGUGCCUGGGCAUCCUCUGCGCCAUCUUCUUCUUCCCCCUGGGCAUCCUCUUCUGCUUCGCCCUGCGCCAGAGACGGUGUCCCAACUGUGGGGCCACUUUUGGUUAG